GCCCCUCGCUCCUGAUGGCUCCCUUAGGUGAAGUUGGGAACUAUUUCGGUGUCCAGGAUGCGGUACCCUUUGGGAACGUGCCCGUCUUGCCGGCCGACAGCCCGGUCCUGCUGAGCGACCACCUGGGGCAGUCCGAAGCAGGAGGUCUUCCUCGGGGGCCGGCCGUGACGGACCUGGAUCAUUUAAAGGGGAUCCUGAGGCGGAGGCAGCUCUACUGCAGGACUGGAUUUCAUUUAGAAAUUUUCCCCAAUGGCACGAUCCAAGGAACCAGGCAAGAUCACAGCAGAUUUGGUAUCCUGGAAUUUAUCAGUAUAGCAGUGGGCCUGGUCAGCAUUCGAGGGGUAGACAGUGGACUUUAUCUUGGAAUGAAUGAGAAAGGUGAACUAUACGGCUCAGAAAAGUUAACCCAAGAGUGUGUAUUCAGAGAACAAUUUGAAGAGAACUGGUAUAACACAUAUUCUUCGAACCUAUAUAAGCAUGUGGACACAGGAAGACGAUAUUAUGUUGCAUUAAAUAGAGAUGGGACGCCAAGAGAAGGGACUAGGACUAAACGGCAUCAAAAAUUCACACAUUUUUUACCUAGACCUGUGGACCCGGAGAAAGUCCCUGAACUAUAUAAGGAUAUUUUAAGCCAAAGUUGACAAAGACAUUUCCUUCACUUGAGCCCUUAAAAAAAAGAAAAGAAAAAAAAGAAAAAAAAGUAACCACUAUAAAGGUUUCAUGCGGUGGGUUCUUAAUUGAUUAGCUGUGCCAUCACAUCAGCUCCACUGUUGCCAAACUUUGUCGCAUGCAUGAUGUACGAUGGAGGGUUGGAUGGAACAUGCUGAUUUAGUUCUGCACUUAAAGGGUUUGUCUUCCUGGAGGAGAGCCUAUGCCCAUCGCUUGAUUUAAUGUGAGAGGAAGGAAGGAAGGAUGCGUGAGCGUGGCAAAGAAAGAGGGUGAAAGGGAGAAGCUGAAGCAAGAAGGAAGGGGGGCAAAGGCCUGAUGCAUGCUGGGAAAUAGACACGCUUUUAAAUUUUUUAAUCCGUUGUACUUCAUCCUAUAUCAGCAUAGCUGCCAUACUUUGACUCAUCAGGAAUUCUGGCUGGUGGCCUGCUCAAGUGUACGCUGCAUUUAAAACAAUAAAAGGCAUGGAGGGCACGGUCUUACUUAAACAAACAACUUAUUUUCAGUUUGAAUGCUCAAGUGGGAUUUACCCCUUGCUGAGUUUCAAGCAAAGACCUCUUAGGUAACACAAGAAAAGAUUAAAAAUACAACAAAAAAGUUAAAUUUAUUUAUAGAAAUUCCAAAGGCAACAUUUUAUUUAUUUUAUAUAUUUAUUUAUUAUAUAGAGUUUAUUUUUAAUGAAAUCUGUACAGGCCAGAUAGGCAGUUGGGAAGCUUUAGGCUCUGUAAAACAUUUCAACAGCAAAGGCCACUAUGAACCUGUGAAUCAUGCAAGUCAAUCGUAAAGGUGCAUGGAGGCAAAGAGAAAUCCAGGGACUCUAAUGUACGAAAGGUGGAAUUUCUUUUGUGCCCAUAUUAUUGUAAAGGUAUGCACAAAACUCAUGAUGAUGAGUGCUCGCUCUUCUGACUGCUUGUUUCAUAGCUUAAACUCCCCCCUUUCCUCCCCAAGGAUUAAAGAUAAAAAUGGGUCUUCAAAACUUUAAUUCUGUGUCUGUAAUAUUUCCUCUUUGAGAAAUUACUUAUUCCAUCUUUGUAAGCUUCACAGUGGUGAAAGAAAAAGAAAGGAAGGAAAGACGCGUUGGUAUAUAUUCUCUUUGUUAAAACCUACUGCAGAUAAUACCAAAGUUAAAUGAUAAAUAUGCUCAUUUUAUUUAAGCAGAACGCCAGAAACAUCCUAAUAUUGACUUUUAAAAAUUAAUUAAGGUUAUCACAACUAUUGCAAGAGGCGAGGGACAAGAUUCAACUCUUGCAAACUUGGUUAACUGUGCACUUGACUAUCUACUCUGAAAUUACACAAGUUUCAUAGAGGUUCUUAUUGUAACAUCUUUUAUGGGGAAAAUUGCAUUGAGUGCGAACUGUCAUAAUACAUAUUAACACCCUUCGUAAUGCAAAAUGAAACUAAUAAAUCUCUAUCGAGAAUUUCAAUGAGGGAGAAAGAACUACAUUUGCUUUAUUUCCUGAAAUUAUCUUUCCAAUGUUUCUGAAGUAUCUCUUGCAGGCUCUGCUGCCUCAUAUGCCUCAGUAGGAUUAGAUAACAUAGUAAGUGCAAACACUGUUUGUUUGUGGCUAUAAUUUUGGACUUGCUGUUAGAAAAGAGACUUGUGUCACAAACCCUCUGAGAAUUACAGAGCAGGCAGAAGCACUGAUGGCAACUGCAGUCUCCUUCACUUGUGGGCUAUCCUGAUACCAGCAUUACGUUAUUGUGCAGAGAAACUGUACGAUGUUUUGGACUAGCACAAGCAGCUCAAGAUGGCUAUGGUGGUUGCCGCGGUUCUGUUUAGUCUGGAAUCUCACACACCUUUCCACACGAGCAAUGUGUGCUCCUUUGCAUUGCAGUCACCAGUUUAGAAGUAACAGAAGGGAUGGUUCUGGUGUUGAUUGUGCAAUGCUCCAAAAGCCACUUGCUGUGGAAUGAGCUGAUGGUGGCAGUUUACAGAAGCAGUGGCAGUGCUGAUAAGCAGUCCCGGAACCAUAUAAUUGUACCUCAAGACACUCAGUUUCCACAGGAAAGUAUUAUUAGGCAAGGGAAAAGUUUCAGGACUGAAGCUUCAACCGAUCUAGGGUAAGAUUUCAGCCAAAGGCACAGAGAGUUAAGUACUAUUUGUGGAUGUGGUAAAGAGAGACAAUGAUCAAUAGAUUCAAAAUGAAUCCAGUGUUUCUUGGCUUGGUUACACAAUACAUUGGAAAGAUGUAUGUUUUAAAAUAGCAAGCUGUGUAGGGUCAUUCCACAGGUCCAGUCUUAGGACAGUACAGUACACUGUAUUCCAUGUGGGGCUGCAACUCCCUGUGACCACUUUUCUCCUACUUGAUCAUGAAACUCCUGCUCUUGUUCUGCUUUCCCCUGCCAUUUCUAGUGGUAAUCAGUGCUGUGGGGCAAGGCCAAGGAAAGAUGAUGACAACAGUGGAGGCCUUUACAUUGCAGGAGAGCUGUAAACCUCAGCACAGGGCAGGUGCUUUAGUAGCAGCCUCAUAUCAAGUGUAAUAUGCUUGUGCUAGUCAAUUCAUACUAUCUGAAGUUGGUUAGAUACUAGAUGUGAUAUCAGGCAACUCUGCAUGAAAAAUGCAAGAUAGCUGAAAUAAUGCUAUGAACACCACAAUGCGCGCAUUCAUGUUAAAAUGAAAAUUUAGCAUCCACCUUUUCUCAGCUUAUACUAUAACCAAAUGUAUCAUAAAUGGCUAAAUAUUACACUCUGGCUAAACCUUUCCAAAUAAGUACACGGCAGCUAACUUAAUUCUAAGGAAUGUUAAACAACAAAUUGCAGAUUGGUUCUGCCUACAAACAAUAAAAACUGACUUAGAUUGCAAUUUUGUACCCGUUUAAAUGGGAGUAAGCCCCACUGAAUUCAAUGGGACUUACCUCUGAGUAGACAUGUAUAGGAUUGCACUGUUAACUGUUGAUCAGGACAUUGUUAAUAUUUAAAAAUGUUAUUCCAUUUUAUUGUAGCUCUUCUGAUUACUACCUGUUGUUUAGUUUUAAUCUUUGCACCACUAUUGAAAUAGAUAUCAAAUAGGCUGCACCUCUUAAAAUAUCUGCAAGACAGGACCAUGCCAAAUCUUAAGCUGCCAAGCCAAACUUAACCCACUGGAUAUGGUGGCUCACACUGGGCUUGAUCAACUUUUUUCCUGGAAUUGGAAAAAGAUGGGGCAUGAGACUUGUCCAACACCUGUCAAAGCACAGUCCGGGCCUGUGUUUGCUCUGGUGGAAAACACAAGUUGUACAGACCCACCAUAAGUCUUUAAUCGUCAAACCAUUUAAUUGGAAUAAUUACACAGUUCUCAAGAGGACUGAUACAUUGUAAAUUACUUUUCAGUUUGGACCAGAAAUGAUUGUCCUCUCUGUUCUAAAUGAAGAAAUGAGUUAAAGAACACAGCGCAUGCUCAACAACUAGAAGUGAAAAGGUGUUUUAUAUUGCAUAAAGGUGGAUUCAAGUAGCAAUAAGCAUCUGGAUUUGCACUAAGUCCACAAACAUGUUAAGGACAUUCAGAACUAAGGUCAAUUGUCAUGAACUGACCAGAAUCAUAACAAGAUCAUAUUUCUUAGCCUUAAUGUGGAAUUUGCUGGUAUUUUUGAUCACAGACAGAUCAUUAAUAUUACUUAACAUGUUCUUAUUUAAUUUAUUUUUUGUAUUUUUAAAAGAAAGGACUAAAAUAAGCAAGAAAACUGUUAUGACUUUAUGGCAGUUGAUACAAUAAACUGUAACCAAUUUAUUAAAAUAACCCAUAGUGGUGUGUAUAUACCUAUUGAAUUUUUGUAGAUAUGGAAUUAUUAUAGACAUUAUCCUGGAAAUGGAUGGUCAAACACAGGGUAGCAGUCUACAGAGCCUUUCAUAUUUACCUAUAACAACAGUAAAACAAAACAAAUUUCCAUGUAUAUUUUUGCAUAGGUUACGCUCUUCCAUCCUUCCCCCACUUGCUGCCCUCCAAGUAUGUUGGAUAUGGUUUGUUGGUUGGAGAAUACUGGGAGCUUAAUCCCACACAUUUGGAAGGCACCAGGUUGGGGAAGCCUGCUCUGUUCUAUGCAUUCACUUAAAUUUCUUUGCUCAAGACCGGAUGGGAAUGGAAAAUUACAAGGCCUGUCUUCAAUAAUUGCAAAUAGGGUUGAAAGACACAUAAUAUUUCCCUUAUAAUAUAGAUGUAGUAUGUAAUUAAAUUACCUGUAGAUCCCAAGUGGCAUGACUGCAGUGGUUAUGUGGCCUAGAGACUUUCCUUCCGGAAUACACUCAUUUGCCUUUACAUCAAGUUUGGGUGCACCAAUUGCCUGGCCUUGCUAACAGAUUAGCUCCAAAUGGUUGCUUAUUCCAAACAAGACCUAUCUCUCAUAGUCAAAAUAGCUAAGGCUGCUUCUAAUACUGUUCCACUUGGAUGCCUUGGAAAUAAGGAGAGUGCAUUAUAAUGGGGAGGGUAAUGGGGAAACUUGUUGCUGCUAUUCUUAUGCUAUGGACCAUUAGAAGCCUUCAUAUAUUCUAGUGCGGGCACCUCUUUAAAAUUCUCACAAAAAAGCAAUCCAAACAAGCUGGUAUUAUAUACUUUGAUAACAUGUAACUGUAAAUACAUACAGAAAUAUGUACUUUGUAUAAAUA